AUGGGAAAGGGGUCCUUCAAGUGUGCCUGGGUCUUGGAUAAACUGAAAGCUGACCAUGAGCGUGAUGUCACCAUUGAUGUCUCCCUGUGGAAAUUCGAGACCAGCGAGUAUUAUGUGACCAUCACCGAAGCCCCAGGACACAGAGACUCUAUCAACAACAUGAUUUCAGGCACAUCGCAGGCUGCCUGUGCUGUCCCGACUGUCGCUGCUGGUGUUGGUGAAUGUGAAGCACGUACCUCCAAGAACGGGCAGACCCGUGAGCACACCCUUCUGGCUUACACGCUGGGUGUGAAACAACUAAUUGUGGGUGUUAACAAAAUGGAUUCCACUGAGCCACCUUACAGCCAGAAGAGAUACGAGGACAUUCUUAAGGAAGUCAGCACCUACAUUAAGAAAAUUGUCUACAACCCUGACACAGCAGCAUUUGACGUCUACAAAAUUGGUGGAACUGGCACUGUCCCUGUGGUCCAUGUGGAGACUGGUGUUCUCAAUCCCAGCGUGGUGGUCACCUUUGCUCCAGUCAGUGUUACUACUGAAGCCAAGUCUGGUGAAAUGCACCAUGACGCUUUGAGUGAAGUUCUUCCUGGGGACAAUGUGGGCUUCAAUGCCAAGAACGUGUCUGUCAAAGAUGUUCGUUGUGGCGAUGUGGCUGCUCACGUUGCCAGCAAAUUUGCUGGCCUGAAGGAGACGAAUCAUCAUUCAGGGAAAAAGCCGGAAGACGGCCUGAAGGGUUUCAAAGCUGGUGAUGCCGCCAUCAUUGACACAGUUGCUGGCAAGCCCUGUGGCACCCUACAGACCACCUGGAGCCUCACACCUUGUCCGGAGCUGGACAUUCAGCAGCAGCAGCAGCAGCAGCUUCUCUUGACCUUAAACUCCACCUCCAGGUCGUUAAAGCUGCAUGGCUCCUACUGCCUGUUUGGCAGCAGGGAGUGA